ACAGCGUUUUUUUGUUACAAAAUUGAGGAUGAGUAGAGACGUGAGUAUACCGGCUAAAAAGUGUGUGAAAUUAGCAACUAGAACCACUUUAAACAAUUGAAGUUUACGCCAUAAACAACUGAGAUAUGAGCCGCAAAGAAAUAGACUGUACGCCAAAACAGUAUCUGUUUUCUCUGCUAGACAGUCAACUGAAUCGAAAAGUGGCCUUGAGUUUGAUUCAGAGACUUACAUCAACAACUUGUACAAAAUACCUGCUGAACCAUAAAGCAAAGAUUAAUUCCAAAACUCGAGUAGUGGCUUGGGACACUGCCCUCCCCUUCAAUCGUUGUCACUUGUUCAAGGAUGCACGUGGCCCCCACCUAAGACUGGGCCUGGGCUAUAGCAGCUGCCCAAACAAGUACAACAUCUAUCACGAAUGCAACAGUAAAUGCAAAGAAUUAUGGGGAUCAGGACGACUGCAGCCUACAGAAAAGUACAUUAAACGACAAAUAAGAUUGUUACUAAAGUAUCCAUUACCUGAUACUUGGAAAGCUGUAUUCGAUCCAGGAUCUGGACAACACUAUUACUGGGAGUGGUCAUCAGAUUUGGUGUCAUGGUAUCCACCAGGACAUCCUAAGUGCCAGAUAUCACAGCCAGCCUCACAAUUACGUGAGGAAUUGCACUUAAAAGCAGCUGAUCAAGAUGAUAACUUGUCCAGUGACGAAAGCACCAGUGACCAAGAGCCCAUGGAGAUAGAUGAAGCAGAAGCAAAACGGGAACAAAAACUUGAAAUUAUAGACAGAUACAUGGGUUUUGACAACCGACGUGUUCAGAGACAUGAAAGCGCUAAAGAGAAGAAGGAUCGAUCUUUAGAUCCCAUGGAUCCAGCAUCUUACAGUGAUAUCCCAAGAGGAAAAUGGUCAGAUGGAUUGGCCAGACACAAUGAAGCUAAAACAGGAGCAGAUACAACGGCGUCAGGACCACUUUAUCAAAUGCGGCCAUAUCCAAGUCCAGGCGCAGUGCUUCGUUCCAAUAAAGUCACCAAACUAGAGUCAGAAAGCUUGAAUAAACCGAAAGUUUUUUUUCCGGAAAAAUCGGAGUGAAAAGAAUAUCUCGACAUCUGUUGUACCUCUAAUUUGCAAUUUUACUGCAAAACGUAAAUAAUGAUGAAGAAUUGUCGAAUUUUCAAAAUAAUUAAUAAAUUGAUUAAUUUUCAGUGUGA